UGACGCUAUACUCAGCGACCAAUCGGGAAGCAAGGCGCGCAUUCAAAUUGCUGCAGCCGCGGGAGCCUGCUCAGUGAGCCCUGAGUACUGAGGGUUUGAGGAGAGGUAAACCUCUCCGAGCUGAGGUUCGAGCUGAGGUUCUGUGGUUGCUCGUCCAGAGAGCCGUUCGUCAAAAAAAAUUUUUUUUUAAUUGAAAAGUACAAAAUGCCCAGCGCCCCAGCAAGGUCUGAAAGUGAUUAGAUUCUUCACAUCCUUUUUAAAAUAACCUGCUGCCAAGAUGUCGGUACACACUUCUCAUAGCAGGCACAACAUCGGGAGCCUGGAAGUGUCUUCUUCACAGAAGAUUUCGGCAUCGAGUGGCCUCGUCCACAGCAGCCGACUGGAACUGCGCUUGAAGUCAGAUAUGUCAGAGUGUGAAAAUCACGAUCCAUUAGCGAAUGCUGGAACCAAAACCAUAGACAUAAACAGCACUUAUGUUAUCUCUGCCUGUAAAAAAGCAAGAGAGACGCCCGCUACUCCUGAUCCCGGGAGACUGACCCUUCAGAGAAGGACUACUUGGAACAAAGAAUCCUCUUUACUUGGUAGUGAGUCGGGGCAUCCUACUGGAAGAACAGCAGACACAAGUCUUAGGUUACAACGUCGUCCGCUCGCUAGAGCAGAUUAUGGGGAAAAGUGGGAGACAUCGAAUCCUGUGGGAGGUAAUCCAGGAAGUAAGUCUGCUUCACAGAAAGGGAGGACAGAGGCAAAACUUGUAAAUAAUGACUCCUGUGCCCUGUCUUCCGUAGUUUCUGAGAAAGACUCAAAUGACACCGGGUUGACAAAACGCAAAGACCCAUGUCCUGCCCUCAGCACCUCUAAUGAGAAGGUGACAGUUAAGAACCCAAACAGUAGAGCACCUAUUGGUUCCCAGCGUCAGACUGAAGCUAUGAGAUCGGGACACUUAGUGGUACAACCGGUUGAGAACAAGGCAGAUAUCCAAGUGUCAGGAGGGGGGAACUCACACCAUGGAAAUGCUGGGAAGGGCAUUGCAAAACACACCAGUACAUUCGGAAGCUCAGAAACACGGACCCCGGCGAAAUGUGUUUCAGAACAUAGAUCGGCACCACGGCAUGACCUGCCGCCACCUAAAAGCCCAGCUUUAUCCACACAGAAAAACAAUGGCAAGGACAUUGCAAAACAUGUCAGUACAUUCAGAAACUCAAGCUCAGAAACACAGACCCCGGCAAAAUGUGUUUUAGAACACAGAUGGGCACCAAGGCAUGGCCUGCCACCCCCUAAAAGCCCGGCUUUAUCAACACUGAAGAACAGGAUUGCGAGCCCUCGAGUUAAACCAAGGCCAAAAAGUUCUCUCCUUGCAAAUAAAAGCUCACAAGAAAGCACGCUCCCUCCUGAAGAAAAAAGUACAGUUCAGAAUACCUUUACAGAACCAGACUCCUUAAAAGUAGAAAACAGUCAGGUGACAGUGGCUGUGCGUGUGAGGCCUUUCAGCAAAAGAGAGAAGACUGAGAAAGCAUCCCAGGUUGUCUUCAGGAAUGGGGAAGAAAUAACCGUGGAACAUCCCGAUAUGAAACAAAUUUACUCUUUUAUUUACGAUGUUGCGUUUUGGUCUUUUGAUGAAUGUCACCCUGGCUACGCCAACCAGACAACUGUGUAUGAGACACUGGCAGCGCCACUCCUGGACAGAGCUUUCGAAGGCUAUAAUACCUGCCUCUUUGCUUAUGGCCAGACUGGCUCUGGGAAGUCCUAUACGAUGAUGGGGCUUAAUGAAGAGCCAGGGAUAAUUCCAAGAUUUUGCGAAGACCUUUUUGCUCAAAUCGCCAAAAAACAAGCCUCAGAGGUCAGCUACCAUCUUGAAAUGAGCUUCUUUGAAGUUUAUAAUGAAAAAAUUCAUGAUCUUCUGGUUUGUAAAGGAGAAAAUGGGCAGAGAAAACAACCACUGCGAGUGAGGGAGCAUCCUGUUUCUGGACCAUAUGUUGAAGGUCUGUCAAUGAAUGUUGUCAGUUCUUACUCUGAUAUUCAGAGCUGGCUGGAACUGGGAAAUAAACAAAGAGCCACGGCGGCCACUGGCAUGAACGAUAAAAGCUCCCGCUCUCAUUCCGUUUUCACCCUGGUGAUGACGCAGACCAAGACAGAGUUUGUGGAGGGGGAAGAGCAUGACCACAGGAUCACGAGCCGCAUAAACCUGAUAGAUCUGGCUGGCAGUGAGCGCUGCUCUACAGCCCACUCCAGUGGGGAGCGACUGAAGGAAGGUGUGAGCAUUAACAAGUCCUUGCUAACUUUGGGGAAGGUCAUAUCUGCACUCUCUGAGCAAGCAAACGGAAAGAGGGUCUUCAUUCCAUAUCGCGAGUCCACUCUUACAUGGCUAUUAAAAGAAAGCCUAGGUGGAAAUUCAAAGACAGCAAUGAUUGCUACCAUCAGUCCCGCUGCUAGCAACAUAGAAGAAACGCUGAGCACACUCAGAUAUGCCACUCAAGCCCGCCUGAUAGUCAAUGUUGCCAAAGUCAACGAGGACAUGAAUGCAAAGUUAAUCAGAGAGUUGAAAGCAGAAAUCGAAAAGUUAAAAGCUGCGCAGAAAAGCAGCCGGAACAUUGACCCUGAACGGUACAGACUCUGUCGGCAAGAGAUAUCGUCCCUGAGGAUGAAACUGCAUCAGCAGGAGAGAGACAUGGCAGAGAUACAAAGAGUGUGGAAGGAAAAGUUUGAACAAGCUGAAAAAAGAAAACUUCAAGAGACAAAGGAAUUACAGAAAGCAGGAGUUACCUUUCAAAUGGACAACCACUUGCCAAACCUUGUUAAUCUCAAUGAAGACCCACAGCUGUCAGAGAUGCUGCUCUACAUGGUAAAGGAGGGAAUAACUACAGUUGGAAAGCACACGCCAAACUCAAGCCACGACAUCCAGUUGUCUGGAGUGCUGAUUGCCGAUGAUCACUGUACUAUCAGAAGUUAUGGAGGAACAGUGAGCAUCGUCCCGGCUGGAGAAGCGAAGACAUACGUAAAUGGGAUGCACAUCUCGGAGCCCACAGUAUUACACCAUGGUGAUCGGGUGGUUCUUGGUGGAGAUCAUUAUUUUAGAUUUAAUCAUCCAGUUGAAGUCCAGAAAGGAAAAAAAACGAGUAGAAAUAAUCUCACAAGUGAAGGCCCAAAAGACUUUGAGUUUGCCAAAAACGAGUUACUUGCGGCCCAGAGAUCUCGGCUUGAAGCAGAAAUAAAAGACGCACAGUUGAAGGCGAAGGAAGAAAUGAUGCAAGGGAUUCAGAUUGCAAAGGAGAUGGCCCAGCAGGAGCUUUCUUCCCAGAGGGCUGCCUAUGAGAACAAAAUCCGGGCCCUGGAGGCAGAGCUGAGGGAAGAGUCUCAAAGGAAGAGAUUGGAGGAAAUAAACAACCAAAAAGCUAGUCACAAGAUUGAGGAGCUGGAAAAGGCGAAGCAGCAUCUUGAACAGGAAGUGUACGUGAACAAAAGGCGACUGGAGAUGGAGACCCUGGCCACAAAGCAGGCCUUAGAAGACCAUAGAAUCCGACACGCAAGGAUCCUAGAAGCUUUAGAACGUGAAAAGCAAAAGAUCGCUGAAGAAGUACAAAUUCUUCAGGAGAAUCGAGGAAACAGGAAUAAAACUUUUACCAUUCAGCCAAACUGGAGCUCCAUGAAGCUCUCCACGAUGAUCCAGGAAGCCAAUGCCAUCAGUGACAAAUUUAAAAAGCACUAUGUGUUUGGCAGACAUGAUGCAUCAGACAAAGGUCGUUCUGAUCCUUCUGUUCGAGUGCGCAACCUCCAGCUUGGGAUCUCAACUUUCUGGAAUCUGGAAAAGUUUGAAUCUAAACUUGCAGCGAUGAAAGACCUUUAUGAGAGUAACAGUGGUACCAGGGGUGAGGAUGUCUUUUGUGACCCUGAAGAUGAGUGGGAACCGGACAUUACAAGCACACCAGUUUCUUCCCUCUCUAGAAGGAGGAGCAGAAGCUUGAUGAAGAACAGGAGAGUCUCCGGUUGUCUGCAUGACAUUCAUCCGAUUCAGAGUAUGCAUCCUUCACACACAUCAGGAUUAAUGGAAAAACCAAGCACCAUCUAUUCAAAUUCAUCAGAAUCAUUUCUUCCUGGAAUUUGCAAAGAACUGAUUGGCUCAUCGAUAGAUUUCCUUGGACAGAGUUUCGAUGAAGAGAAAACUAUAGCCGAUAGCCUGAUAAAUAACCUUCUUAAACUUUAUAAUGGAGUGAUUGCCAUCUCCAAAGCCCAUGAAGAACAGGAUGAAGAAAGUCAAGAUAAUGUGUUCUCUGACCGGGCAGCACAGGCUCUUACCAUCCAGGUUGCGUGUGCCUUUGAGCAGCUUGUGGUCUUGUUCAAACACUGGCUGGAUGAUUUUCCGCCUUGUAGCGGCUCAGCGCGACUUGAAGAGGAAUUGCGACAAGAUAUUAAAAAACUGGGGGGCUAUUUGCAAUUGUUUUUGCAGGGAUGCUGCUCAGAUAUUUCGUCGAUGGUAAAAGAGGCUCAAAACAAAGUCACCGAGAUUAUACAGCAGGCUGUUGGGCAUGUGGCUCAGCUAGCUGUUCUGAAAGGCAGCAAGCUCUGUGUUCUGGAAGACAGCAACAAGGUUUCCAGUGCCCAGGAGCUCAUGGCUGCUCUCCAGGAUGGCACAGCCUCGGGGAUGAGGAGUCUCUUAGACUCCGGGCUGGAGACUGCACAGGAACUCAGGCAGGACGUCUCCAGGCAGAGUGCACCAGAGGAGGUCACCAGGCAGAUGAAAGCUAAUGCUGUGGAACUGGUCGGGUCUCUUGAAAAUAUCUUUGCGGAAUGGAGGACGAAAAGCUUCAGAACUCAAGUAGAAGAAGGCUCUAGACAACAAGGCUCCAAGGUGUUAAACCUCGCAUCAGAAUUCUUGAAGCUGAAGUCUUGCUUACAGCAAACCAUUGAGAUGGUUGUGUCUGCGUUGAGAGGGUGCCCCAGUGACUUGCGCUGUCUCAGAAGCUGUACAGAAACUAUCUGCGGCCUGGCUCACAAGCUUCAUGGUGGCUUCAGUGCCCUCUCUGACUCUGCAGGCAGCUGUGGAAAUGAGCAACCUCGUGCUGUCUGGGAGGAACUGGAAUCUCUAGCUAAAUCACUCCUCCUGUGUUUUGAACAUGGAGAAAGACCUAGUUUCCUGAAACCCUGGGAAUCUUGUACUUCGAAUAGCACGGAAGAGCAGCGAGAGUCAGACAGGGCUGACUGCAGUAGAAGCGUGCCAGGACGUGCUUGUGAACCACACCGAGACCCGACCCCAGCAGAGUCCUCUGGGGACGGCACCCCCAGUAGGAUUCAGUGGGUAUGAAACCAUUGUGCAGGCACUUGGUGACCAUCCAUGACCAAAAAGGACACUUGGAGACACUUUUCCUCAUGCAGGAGAACAUAAGAAACAAGUGUAAAUAUUUCAAGUCCAUGUCUCUGUGUGGCCUCCUGCUGGGUGCGGAGUACAAACAGUGUGGAGUCCUGGCUUCAAAACACCUCAGUAUGUGCUGACAAUUUUAUAGGCAGACAAUUUUUAAACAAAGAGUAUUCCUUGAAAAUGUUGUACUCUUAGCAUCAGAAUGAAAUUAAGUCUCAGGACCAAGUGAGUGACUGGGGCCCUCGUUUCUCCUUGUCUUGAAUUUUAAAUGCUUACCUUAACAGUGAUACACUGUCUUUAUUUAGCUGGUCCAUCAGUCUGUUUGUAGAUAGUUACUUUCUCAUGAAUGGAAAUCUGAGCAGUCUGUCACUUGGACCUGUGCAUUGUGUCCCCAAAUAUAACAUAUGGAUUAAGUUUAUGGUGAAAUGCUCAGCACACGUUUAACCAAGGCAGCUUCCUAAAACUAAAAUGAUUUUGUCCAACGAUCAACUGUCUGCCAUCUUCAAUAAUAUAUGUGUGUUUCUUUCCAAACUAUGCAUAAAAAGUUAAUAUAUAACUGCAUAUUGAUAACAUGACUAGAUAGCAUCGUACUGUGUUUUCUGUGUUCUAUAAUGGUUGCUUCAUUUAUAAAAUUUAAAAGUAGUAGUGAAAUGUGCCCAGAAUCAAUUGGGAGAUCAGAGGCUGGCCUCCUUUUGGGAGUGCUUGUUUUGCUAACAGGUAAUUGGUUUCCAUGUUGUUUGAUGGAGAUUAAAGAUCCUUCUAUAUUUCCUAGCUUCAAAAACCCUUCAUCUACAAUCAAGUCAUAAAUAUAUCCUACUUUAGGGUUUAACUUAAGGAAAUUAUUUAAUAUUUUUUACCUCAAGAAUAUGUGUGAUUUGAAAGACAUUUAGUAUCUUAGCUGGUGACCCGAGCAGGAGGGGUUUCUUUCGAGUAGCCUGCUUUCGGCUCAUAGAUGCUGCCUGUACAUUCAGUGCAGCUCCGUGAAGUUGGCUUGAAUAUACCUGUGUUUUUCUCUAUGGGGAGAGCCUGGAGAGCAGGACUCCCUCGGGUGGUCGGCUGAGCCGUGGUGGUCCAUCCCUUGUGCUUCUGGGAGCUUUGAAGGGGUGCAGUCACCAGGCCAUCCUGAGUGCCCCAGUCCUGUCUGACUGGUGGCAGCAGAGAGGAUUUGUUUCCUUUUCCCUUUUUGCCACUGGGUUUCCUCUCUGAGGUUCACUCUGCACCAGUUAUUGCUCUGGAAGUGGCACGUCUGUUAGCAAGUUCAGAAGCUGUGAAGUACGCAGAAGGGUUUUCCUGAACGCUGUACUUCCUUGAACUUACUCAAGUCAAAUAGCAGUUUUCACCUUGCUGGGCAGUAGUUCAUUUUUAGUUCCUCUGCCUCUUCUCCCCUCAGUUUUUUUCUUGCCUUUAGACUUGGCCCAGCUGAGCAGUGCAGCGCGGCCCCACCCUGUCAUCGCGCUGCCUUUGCCUCCAGAAUGCUGGGGUUACAGUAUCCCAAACCCAGCCAGUGUCUGUCCUCAGAAAUGCUGUGGGUGUGCGUGUAAGCUUGUUUAUAUUUAUGCUAAUUUGUCAGGCUGUGUUCGAGUGGAUGGUGCAAACUGCGUUGCUGUUAGAAUCAUGUGCACUGAAAAGUGUUAUAAAGAGAGCGCCUUUAAUAAAUCUUAUGAGCUUCAGAAUUGCCUCUUAAUCCAAGGGGUUUUUUUGUUUGUUUGUUUUUUUUAACUGAAUUACUUUCAUUCGCUUUGCUCCUGAUUUAAAAACGUCACAGUGGCUCUGCCUGGCUAAUACCCAUCAAAUAAAUAAGAAACACUAAAUACAUGCUAAAAUUAA